AUGGGGUCUGCUGCUCUAUUCCUGAUCAAAAACAUUCUUGAUCUCAUGAUGAUCACAGUAGUUUCUCUGUUGUUGUGCAGAAGCGUUACAGCCCAAUCACCAGAAGAUCCUUCCCUAGUAGGCGACCCCCAAGAGAAGGAAGCCCUUUAUGAUCUCAGGGCCACUUUCCGUGACCCUUUGCUAACUGAUAACUGGACCGGUCCUCAUUGCAACAUUUAUACACCUUGGAAAGGCAUUCAGUGUUCUAAUGGUCAUGUUACCAUUUUAGUGUUGGAGAAUAUGGGGCUGACGGGGAAUAUCAACGUUAGUGAAUUCAUAAACUUUCCAGACUUGUCUGUCCUGAGCUUCAGGAACAACUCUAUAGGGGGAAAUAUAAUGAAUUUCUCCUCCAACCACAAGUUCAUGAAGCGUAUUGAUCUAUCAAACAACAUGUUCUCCGGGCCAAUUCCAGAUUCGCUGCGUAUUCUUGAUUUAUUGGAGUCGUUGCAGCUUCAAAAUAACAAAUUAACAGGUACUAUCCCAGAAUUUAACCAAUCUAGCCUUAAAGAAUUCAGUGUCUCUAAUAACGAUCUCUCCGGCUCGAUCCCACAAACUCAAACUCUGCAAUCAUUUGGCUAUGCUUCAUAUUCUGGUAACCCUGGAUUGUGCGGUCCACCCUCGCCAACUCCCUGCAGCCCGAGUACAAAUGACACAGGAGAAUCUCCUAAUUCUUCUGAUGAUAAAGUUCAUCUUGAUAAAAUAGUUUUUGGUUUCAUCAUUGUUCUUCUAGUUGUUGUAAUUGCGGUCUCUGCUUUUUACUGCAUCAAAGUUCAUAAGCUUGAGAAGAUGUUGAUGGAAAAGGAAGUAGAUCACAUAGAAGACAAAGAGGAAGAUGAGAAGAUUAUAGAGGCGGGAGGGAGGAGAAUCGUGGCAGAAGAGAGAGGGAACCUCAUAUUCAUGGAGGAUGAAACGGGUUUUGAAUUCAGCGAUCUUCUAAGAGCUUCUGCCGAGGGAUUGGGCAAGGGGAGUUUCGGGAAUUGUUACAAGGCUAAGCUGAAUAGUGGGCCAACCAUUGUUGUGAAGCGGCUAAGUGAUUUGAGACCAUUGACUAACGAGGAGUUUGCAAAGCAAUUGCGUCUGAUUGCGGAUUUGAAGCACCCUAAUUUGCUAUGCUUCCUAGCUUAUUACCAAUCCAAGGACGAGAAGUUGCUGCUGUACAGAUAUGCUGAGCACGGAAACUUGUUCUACCGUAUUCAUGGAGGGAGAGGUAGUGGAGACCGAGUUCCAUUCAGAUGGAGCACAAGAUUAUCAGUUGCUCGAGGUGUCGCACGAGGCUUGGAAUAUCUGCACCUCAACAUGAACAGGUCCCGAAGAAUUGCUCCCCAUGGCAACUUAAAAUCCUCGAAUGUACUUUUGGAUGAAAACGACAAGGUUCUUGUUUCUGACUAUGGUUUUGCUUCACUAGUAGCACUUCCCAUUGCAACCCAACGAAUGAUGUCAUUCAAGUCACCCGAAUAUAAAAAUGCGAAGAGAGUUUCGAAACACUCUGAUGUUUGGAGUUACGGCUGCCUUCUUUUAGAACUACUGACUGGAAAGAUCCCAGACAAAACGGCUCCACCGGGAUUCAAUGGCGUGGAUCUCUGCAGUUGGAUCGACCGAGCACUCAGGGAAGAAUGGACAGCCGAGGUAUUUGACCCUGAGAUAUCUAAUUCGCAGAGAAACGCCGCUCCUGGGAUGCUGAGACUGCUACAAAUUGCGAUGCGUUGCUGUAUGAAGUUCCCCGAGGAGCGUCCUGAGAUGACAGAGGUGGUGAGAGAGGUGGAACUUAUUGAAGUUCCUAGACCAGAAGAUGAAGAUGAUUUAUCGUUGGAUCCAUCGUUGACAGACGAUUAUUCAGAAGCAACUACUGCUUCUGGGAUUGCUGAAGAUGAGAGAUGAUAGUAGGUACAGGACGACUGGAAAGGAAGAUUGCCCAUCCCAUAUAAUAUGCAACUUCAUAAGAUUGAUCUCUUUCAAGAGAAUAAUAAAGUAGCUAGUAGUUUUGAUGCAAUGUUCAAAGCCAAACUUGAGCAUAUAUAUUGGUAUCAGCUGCCUGAUAUCUU